AUGACGCUACCUUACCUCCAGAGACGGUGGAGCGGUACAACGGCGGUCGGGGCAUGCGAGGAGGAGCUUAAGAGUGUAGAGUCUAACCUGCAAAAUUUGGUAACCAAAAGUUUGGAGGAACAGAAUACUCACGGAGGCUUCUUACGGGAAGGCAGGAAGAAGGAGGACCACCGUGGAAGAUUACCGGAGAGCCAUGACAGAAACAGGACGCGCAAGAAGACGGGAGACUCCUGA